AUGUUCGCUGGAAACUUCGACAAUGGCGAGCCGCGCUUCAUACAAGGUCUGGCCAACAUAAAGGCAAUAUGUACGAGUCAGGCUGUGAGCAUCAGCCAGGAGAAUGGGGAGUUCGGCACGACGGGCACCACAUCCCAUGAACUUGCUCACAACUUAGGCUCCUUACAUGACGUCUUAUCAGAUAACAGCUGUGACAGUAAAGACCAGUACAUCAUGUCAGUGGCACCAGGCCAGCUAACUCCUCAGACGUUCAUGCAUCCAUUUUACUUCUCUGCUUGCUCUAUCGACUAUAUGAGGCAGUACCUCGCCUCUGAGGCUGUGUUAGUUGCGAUAAUGAGGGGAUGUACGGUGUUGGGCUGGUCUGAGAGGAACUGCCUGCUGAAGACGUCACUGGUCCAGCCCGCCACCCCAUCCAGCAACAUUCCCUCCAACACGCCCCCCGGUCAGCAGUUUCCAAUCAACGUACAGUGUCAGCUCUUUUUUGGCAUGGAAUCUUAUUAUUGCGGAGGCAUGAUAUAUGACGAGAAGAUGUGUUCUUUAUUGUACUGCUACGACCCUCUGACCAGCCAGUGUACCACAAGUACUGAAUACAGAGCCUACACUGGCACUACGUGUGGAAAUAAGAAAUGGUGCCAGCAGGGAAGUUGUGUUUAUGAUUCUGCAGCUCCAGCCGCAUCUGACGUCUGCCUGUCUGGAGACACGCGGGAUCCACUGACGAAAUGCUGGGAGUUGAUGGCCAACGACUUCUCCAAAUGCUACCUCAACGACUACUACAAAAAAUGCUGUGCCACUUGUGAAUAUUUCAAAAAGAAAAAUAGUACCGAUGCUUCGUGCAUUUACGGCGACAAGCAGCCGGAAUAUUGCAAGGGUUUGAAGCCAUCUUCCUGCUACAACAACCAGGAUUUGAAACUUUGCUGCCAAACGUGCAAAAAUUUCUGGAUGACCGACAUGAUGAAUUGCGAGUACGGCGAUCGAGCGAGUUGGUGCAGCGACCCAUCCCAAAUGAAAGCAUCCAAUUGUUACAAUUCAGAGAAUACUUGCUGCUUGCAGUGCGCCAAGUUCAACCUUCAACUCUACGGCUGUCAGUACGGUGACAAGAUAGACUGCUCCUUCGUAACUCCUGACCAGUGUCCUAGUAUGGCAGACAACUGCUGCAUCAAGUGCAACCCUCAAUACAGCUCAUUGGCACCUUCCAUUCUGAAGGGUAUCAACAUCACUCUUCACUCGCCACCUCCUCUUACAAAACGCUUUUCGAAUUGCAACGAUGGCAGGCCCUGGUGCAACAACCUCCCUCCAUUCUCCUGCUACGAUUCGACUCUCAAAAAUUCAUGUCCAUGUGUAUGUCAACAAAUGCGGGUCUCUGCAGAUUCGAAUGGCUUCGAAUACGGUGACAAAUACACGUGGUGUGGGAACAUAACGAAGACAGAGUGUGGCAAUCUGUUCAGUCAAGGAGCUUGUAGUGUCAGCUGUCUGACUGCAAAGGACGGUUCGGAACAUUUGACUGGCAGCCGAAAAAUUCUCCUAUCCUUCCUUAUAUUUUCGUUACGAUGUUUCAGCCAGUUAUUGAGUUAGAAAUCUAAGCACAAACUAACCGAUUUCAUUUUCUGAUUUUCCAUUUUAAAAUGUUAUUUAUGUUAUUCAAUGAAAUCUAUUUUUUAAAUAUACGUAUAUUUAUUGCCAAUUUUUAAUUUUCACAAGUUCCCUAUUUUAACAAUCCUGCUGCAAUAUUAAUGAUAGUUUUAACGACAUAACUUCUGGUAAAUGUAAAGUUAAAGUUAUUAUUUUUAAUAUAUUGUGCGUAAUAAAGUUUAUUUUUAUAUAUUUUUAAUUUUUUAAUACAUUUAUACACAAUUACUCUUAUUUAAUAUGUAAUUAUAUUAUUAAAUUUUGAUAUUAUACGUGAGUUUUAAUUAAAUUUCAUUUACAAUCAACUUUUUUGUGACGUUCAAGUUCAAGCCAAUGCCAGUACGGCGACGACAUUUCCAAUAUUUUGAUACAAUCUGUCUACACAUCGUUCUAUUUUUUAAAACUGUUUUAGCAAUGAAUGUAGCUAUUCCCUGAUUGGAGUUAAAGUUACAUGGGAUAUGUAACGUAUAUACUUUUUCAAAUUGCUUUAAUAGUAUAUUUAGUUGAUAAUUUAAUGUGAAUUACAAUAUAUAAAAAAAAUCUCCUUCAACUUUCUUGCACGUGAUAACUUGCCUGUCCUAAUUUAAUAACUGUGCUUAUUAAUUGUUUCUGUCAACUGUCUGUAAAAUAAAAAUUUCUAAUGGAAAUUAUUUAA